AUGAAGGCAAAGACCACGGGCAGACCUGCCCCCUCCGGGGAUGAUUUCCGAACCAGCAAGAGAGAUAAGCGGCAGAUCAAGCGUGCGACCCUCAUAUCCAAGAUCGCAAAGAGUUCCAGCAAAAAUCCAAAACGCAGACGUGCCUCGAAAAAAUUGGUCGCCAACCUUGAAUCCCUCGCCGAUGCCCUACCAGAUGCCGCCGAUGACUCCCAUGAUGCUGUCAGUCAAGUCAAUGUCAUCAAGCAAAAUACCCUCCGUCAUAAGCCCGGGGCCAUGAAGCGUCGGGAGAAGCUGGAGAGGGUUGAGCGAGACCGAUUUGCGAAAAACAUGGCACAGAUGUCCACUCUACCAACUCAAUCCGCACUGGCAGCUGAGAACACCACCGCCGAUGCCAAUCCCACUGCGAACCGAUGGUCAGCACUACGAAAUUUCAUCACGCAAACGAUGGAACAGCAACCCGUCUUCAAGACGAAUCAAUGA